CAUGCAGGAAGAGCCAGCAGCAGACCGCCGCAUUCUGAGGUGACGUCCCGCCGCGCGCAACCGGCAAGAUGCCCGCCUCCCCGCCGUCCGUCUCCCCCCAUCCUUCCGCCGCCCCCUCUUCUUCCGCUUCCCCUUCCCCCCAGUUUUCACCCCCCGUUUCCCCCCUUUUCCCCGCGCCUCUAUGUAUCCACGCUUGGUCGUUAGUGCUCUCGCUGCUUCCCCCGCGCGACAUUGCCCACGCCGCGCUCGCGUACUCCUCCCUCGCCGCCGCCGCCGCCGCCGUCACCGCCGCACGUGCCGCCGACGCGACGGGCGGCAGCGAGCCGCGUGCCGUCCCGUUCCUUGCGCCGGAUCGCCAAUCAAGGAACGGAGAUCGCGCACUCCCUGCCCCUGCGGAGCUUGGGGCCGCCGCACGGACCUCCUCCGCGUCCGUCCCGCGCUAUUCGUACUUCCGCUAUUGUCGCACGAACGUGCGGCUCGCGGCGUCAGACGCGUCGUCCUUUCCGUCCCUGCUGCUGCGCCCGCCGGUAAACCCGGCGGAAGCGCCGCAAGCAGGAGGACCUUGCACCCAAGCGAGCUCCAACUCCCUAUGUGCCUCGUCGCGAUCUACAUCUCUCCCGCCGUACCCGUAUCCGCAGCCGCCCUGGUGGUGGGGGGUGGUUCCAAGCUACCUGCAGCGCGCCGAGCGGACGCAGCAGCCCAUUGAAGCGUCGCAGCAAUGGCAGCAGCAACGCGGGGGUGGGCCGCCGCAGCAGCAGCAGCAGCAAGUAGGCUUGGAGAACGGGGAAGCGCGGACGCAGGGACGGGGGCAGAGCGAUGCGCGCAAGCGGAAGAGGGAGGUGGAAGCGGAGACGGAGGGGGAGGCGGAGGCGGAGGAGGCGGAGGCGGAACAGCGGGCGCGGGCGCAGCAGGCCCUGCAGCCGCAUGCGCUAGAGGACGCGCUGACGAGCCUGCUGCCCGCGUUUUCCCCCCGCGCGCGGAAGGGGGAAGGAAAGGGCGCAUGGCCUGGCUCUGGUGCUGCUGCUGGUAUUGAGACGAUUUUUGAGGCGCCUCAAAAAAGGUUUGGGGGUGAAGCUGGUGCUGCUGCUGGUAUUGAGCCUGCGUGUGAUGGCAGUCGUGCUGGUUCGAGCCAUAGGUGCUGUAAUCGUGUCCACUGCCCGUGCGCCAUGCCCCUGCGAUCCGGGGCACAGCAAGGGGGAAAUGCAGGUGCGGCAGAGGGAGGCGGGGGGGAGGAGGGAGGUGGAGAGAGGUGGGACGAGGGGGAGCAGGGAGCGGAUGACGAGGAGGCAGGAGACGCGGAUGUGGUGUAUGAGUGUGGGCCCUUCUGCUCCUGUGCUCGUCAGCAAAGCACAGGAGCCGCAACCUGCUCAGGCGCCUCCCCAGCAAAUGGUUCAGUAAAGGCACCGAGAGUAGCAGCAGCAGCAAGCUCUACUGAAGCAUUAGCAUGUGUGCACUGCCCCAAUCGCAGCAGUCAGCGGGGCUUGCAGUGGCGACUAGCCAUAGUGUGGAGUGACGUCAAGGGAUGGAGCCUCGUGGCACAAGAAAGGAUUCCGGGUCGUUCUCUCAUCUGCCAGUAUGCUGUGUGGAGUGACGUCAAGGGAUGGAGCCUCGUGGCACAAGAAAGGAUUCCGGGUCGUUCUCUCAUCUGCCAGUAUGCUGGGGAGCUGCUGACUCGAGGUGAAGCAAGUGCGAGGCAAGCGGUGUAUGAUGGCAUUGGCACAGGGGCAAUGGCAGGUGGAAGAAAUGGGGCGAGAGAAUCUAGGGGAAGUCGAAACUACCAGCACCUGCAGCAGCAACAGCAGGAAAAGGAGCAGAAGCAGGAGCAGGAGCAAUCUCACCCCCACCACCAGCACACACCCCAUCCCCUCCCCGCCCCCCGCGCCCCUCCCCGCUUCCUCUUCACUCUCCGAGAGCACCUGCCGUCAGGCGCAGUCCUGCGCACGCACAUCGACCCCUCGCGCAUCGGCUCCCUGGGCCGGUUCAUGAACCACCAGUGCGGAGGGGGCAAUGUGGCGCGCGUGGUGGUGAGACAGGCUGGCUGCCUGCUGCCUGCUGUGGGGCUGGUGGCUCGCAGGGAGAUAGCAUCAGGGGAGGAGCUGACAUGAACAGUUGGCGACAGUGGGUGAAGCUGAGAAAGUGCUCCUGUGGUUCUAGUCGGUGCCAAGGGUACUUGCCUUGUGAUGACGUACCGUGAAUCCGUGGUUGCCAGGUUGCGCAUUCUAACACUUCACAAAAGCGCUUAUUGUGCAAUGCGUGGUGGUGGUUGUAGCUUACUGUGGUCGCCUAGUACGAAUAACAGGUCUGCACAUGUCUAAUAACUGCGCAAAAGCUGC